CCUUUUUAACUUUUUCUUUCCAAUGGAUCCAAGACUUGAACAAGCAGCUGAAUCUGGAAGCAUCGAUGAGCUAUAUGCUCUUAUUGAUGAGAAUCCAUACAUACUUGAGAACAUAGAGGCAGUACCAUUUGUGACCACUCCCCUCCACGUAGCUGCAGCUUCUGGGAACUUACCAUUUGCCAAGGAGAUUAUGAAUCUUAAGCCCUCUUUUGCUAGAAAGCUCAACGCAGGCGGGUACAGUCCGUUGCAUCUUGCUGUCAACAUGGAUCAAGAUGAGUUUGUCUGCAGGAUGAUCUGGCUUGAUGGCCAUCUUGCCCGCGUUAAAGGGAGAAACGGCAUCACACCGUUUCAUUUACUAGCGAUAAAAGGAGACGCAGAUCUUGUAGCAAGGUGCCUUCGUAAAUCCCCUGAAUGUAUCGAAGAUGAGAGCGUAGAUCGCCAGAAUGCUCUGCAUCUUGCUGUGAUACAUAAUAGAUUCGAAGUUCUCCAAGUCCUCACCGGAUGGAUCCAGAGAAUGACCCAAAGAGACGCUGACUCCAUUCAGAGUCGUGUUUUGAAUAAAGUGGAUAUUGACUACAACAUGCCUUUGCACCUUGCAGCAUCUAAGAAUGAUCGCCAGGCGGUUAAGCUGUUAUUGGAAUGUCGGUUGGUCAAGCGGAACGAAGUAAAUGGUGAUGGUUUAACUUUCCUUGAUAUCUUAAGAAACCAAGAACAGAGAGAGGAGGAAGGUGGAGCAGGCUUAAGAAGCCAGGGACCAGGAGGGGAGGACCUGGAUUUGGAACAA